UUGUUGGGAUCGUGUUACGACUUAAAUGCAACGCGACGCGCGCUUUAUUUUAAAUGGACAGCUGAUUGGUGCAGUGAUUGCUUUGAGCUAUGCUGGCAUCCGAAUCUGACAACAAACCGCUGAAGAGAUCAAAUCAAGAAUGAGAUCCUAAAGGCCUAAACCAUGGAAAAGACUGGCAAACAGAGGCACUUGUAUUUUAUGAGGGUGAGUGAGAACUGUAAACUCUUGACUGAGCUCUAUGUUGUUCCGGAUGAAGUCAAUCACCAACAGAGCUGGUUUGAGGACAGACAUUUACAGGAGAUCAUCAUUCUUCUUCGGGACCCUAUCAAAUCCAAGGUGUUGUCUUAUUAUGAGCAAUAUAGGAGGAAGAAAUGGUCCGGAAUCAAAGAAGGAAACGACUCCAAGAAGAAACCAAUCCAAGAUGAACAUCAGAUAAAAACAGGUCAGUCAGUAAAGAUUGGUUAUAAGUUUGUGGAUUCUAACAUGCAUCACCCCUCAUGUUUGAUGCCAACUGAGAUGGGAACACCAGUCUGGAAGGAUGAUAACUCUAGACACGCAGGUGGAGGAUUCAGUCCUGUCAGACUCUUUGCCAAGAAGCUUGUGGUGUAUGUCUGCAAGUACCACACAGCAACCAUUGGACAGACUACCUCCCAGCUGAUGAAGUCCUUGUGUGCUACACCUCCUUCAAAACACAUAGCUAUCAGCAGCUACUUCGCUCCCAAAGCGGAUGCUGACUUCGUUGGCCCACCUGUAAUCCAGUCAGCCCACAGGAAAAGGAAUAAGUUAAAGAAAAUAGUCAAAGGAAUGAACACAGCCGCAGCUGCUGCUGGAACGAAAGAGAGUAUCGAUGUUGGAUGUGGAUUGAAGGGAGGUGGGUUCUUUGAGAAGGCAUCAGGAAACAUGGAUACAGAGACUCAAGAUGAAAUCAAGCCAGAAGUCUUGCCAUUCCCUUCCGUCUCUGACAUGGACUGCGGCUCAGAUGGGAUGCCUGAUCAAGAAGAGCAGAAUGAGAGACUUGAUGGUCAUCACAGAUCCCCUGCUGAGUGCAAGGAUGGUUUGUCAUUGAGACCUGGUGAGCAUUCAAGAAGAGGUCUUCCCCUAUCGCCUCAGGAAGAAAGAUCCAGGAAGACUACAGUCACUUCAAGUGUGAAACCUGAUGAAGAUCCUAUCAAAGUGGAGGGAAACGAACAUCCUCAAUUUUCUGAUGUCAGCAAACCUUUUACAUGUAAACUUGAGAAAAUAGAGGAUGCUUCGGUAGAUUUACCCCAAAAGGCGAAUGUUUCAUCGUCAGAAAGAACUUCUUCACCAUCUACAUAUGAGAGCCGAUUGAAAGAUUCUCUGAAGUCAAUAAAAUCGGAGGCAACUCUGCAAUCCUCAUCAGUAGAGCAAGAAUCGGGAGUAACUAGGCUGACAUGUUCCUCAGAGGUGACGGGAAGCUCACCAUCAUCAUCAGGAGAAUUUGAUCAUAGAAUAAGGAGGAGAGAGAAUACAAGAAGCAGGAACAAGUUAUCACUGAAAAGAAAUGAGGCUAAAAGGGGAAGUGCAAGUAAAGUUGGGUCUUCCAAGGAAAAAGUUCUCCAUGAAGAUGUGAAAAAGGAAUCUGUUGAAGAGGCAUUAAUGGGUCAUGAAGUGCAUGGAACAAAGAAGCAAAAACUUCACAAUGAUACAGUUCCAGAGAAAGAUAGAGUAUCAGUAAACAAGAGAAGCAAUAAUAUUUCAGAAUCUGUUAAUAGACAUCCUGCUGGUAAUUGUUCUGUAUUUCUAACAGACAUCAAGCUUAAACAUGAUAAAAGCUUGGAUGAACCUCUGAGGUCAACAACGUCUUUCCUGAAGAGACCCAUGAAAAAUCAGCAAGAUAUCUCACCAUCUCCUGAAAAGGAAACCACUCCAAAUUCAUCCUCUGACGAUGAGCUGAUGUCGGCAAGCUUCCUGCAUGCUGAGAACAGACCUCUAAAUCCAGCCAAGGAGGUGAAAGAGUCAAGGCAACAACCACCUUUACAGACAACACAGUAUGAAGACAGAAAAGUGAAUGGUGUGAGAGAAUUGGAUACUGCUUCAAGUGGCUGUGAGCAGAGGGAUAGCUUUCAUUCAACUACAAAUAAAUCUGUGCAAAAUGUAGAAGACAAUGAGAAUACAAAACAUAAGAGGCCAAAACCAAGUAGACUAGCUUUGUUCACGAGGCAAAACAAUAGAAACAAAGACAGCCUCCAUAAUAUACCUAAAGCAUUACAUGGUGAAAAGAAGAGAAAACAGAAAACAAAUCUUGGGCAAUUGAUGGAGGAUCUUGAGUGGGAUAGUGACAGCCAAGAGACAAAAGAAGAUAAAAGAGCAUCUGAAGCGAUUCACAGGCCCAAGAUUGAGGACAAACUAAGACGUAGUGAAGAAGAUGAACCCAUGGAUGUCGAUGAUGCAUUGCCAAAGCUCACUCCUAUAGAGGAUGUAGGGUGUGCCUUUGAUGAGGUGGAGGCAUUGCCAUCAGACCAUCACAAUCUUGAUGAUCUUGAUCAAGGCACAAGUCCACCAGAGCUGAAACGGGACGAUCCUGUGCACAUCUCGGAUGAUAGCUGUGGCGGGGAUGUCAUGGAUGAUAUAAAAGUAGAAGAAGAGGAGGAGAACGCACCAAUGGGUGCAAGUCGAGAAGGAAAACUUGGUGACCUUGAAGAUGAGGUCAUUGACCUCAGCCAGGGGAAAGAUGAUGAUGAUGAAAGCGACAGCUGGUUUGACAACAUCUUUGGGAAUGUCAGAUUGGUGACCGAGUUGAAAAUGGCAGAUAUUGUGUAUCUGACACAAAGGAACAAGAGAUACCUACACAAUAUCUUCCAAGGAAAGAGGGCCUGUGAAAGACACCAGUGCUACAAGAAAAAAGGACCUCAUAGAAUUGCCAUGGCUGGCAAUGUGAGGUUAGGACCAUUCAAUGAGGAGCAGAUGGAUGCAGUGAUGGGGGAAUUGGUCAAAACCUACUGCGCCAGACACUUUAAAUACAUGGAUUACCUGUCUAAAGUUCUUCUACCAGAGGCUAUGAGUAAGAUCUACAUGGAGGUACAUGGGGUGAGCCACGCCCAUGCUGAAGAGGUCAUGAAAGGAAUACAGAAAGAGCACCCUAGGGGCACCUGAUUUCUGCUCGGUUCCUGAGACAACUUGCUUGUGUGACUUGUUAUAGAAAGCCCUGUAGCAUAGUGGUUUGUACUGUUUAUUUCAAAUCAGGAGAUAUGCGUUUCAGAACCUGACUCAGUUCCUACAUGUAUACCCUUUUAGUUCAAAAGUAUUUUUUCUUAAAGCAUUUCUUUAGACCUAGAGCCCCAUGGUAUUGUUUAGUGAUUGUAGGGAUCCAAAGUGAUUGCAAUUAACUUUAGUUAGACAUCAAAUGUCUUCAUCAAAGAUUAACAAUUAUAACUUUGUAUGUAAUUGAUUGGAAUACUGAUUUGAAUUAGUUGCAUGUCUUUAUAAGAUGGGGUUUAGGUUUGUGUCUAAAAUGAUUUGGCUAAGUAGGAUGAAUUAAUUGAGUGCUUUAUGUGCCUACAGGCACAUUAUCUAAGCUAAAGAUUGCUUAGGCCAGGGUGUUGUCAACAAGUGCCUCUACAUAGACAACACUAUACAUUACCUACCGAUAUAUUAUAUGAGGGUGGUCUUGGUGGGUGAUGUUCACAUGUUCUUUCUGAUAUAUUAGCCAAUUGUUAAAUUUGGUAAAAUAUCAGAUAUUGAAGCUAGUGUGAUUGAAAUGAAAAACAACAAUAUUGAAUCAACAUUUGCCUAAUAUCAAGAAAAGCAUUAAAACAAAUAUAUCUUGCCAUGAUAGUCAGAAGAAAUUAAGUAUUUUUCUGAAAGAAAAUGUUGUUAGUGUUUUGUGUAUGUAUAUAUAUAAAUAUAUGAUUAUGAAAAAAUUAUGCUAGUAAGCAUAUUUGUGAACAUAGAAAGUUUAUGUUGAUGAACUUUGGGGAAAGAUUUAGACAACAAUUUUCAGGGAUAACAUCGUUUACAACAGUACUCUUGGAGAGGUUUUUCAAUACCAUUUAUGUCUGAGUAAAAAUUGGACUCAGUUGUCAACUUAAAGAUUGUGCUAAAAUGGGUGAUUUUCACAUCAAAAUGGAAAUGCAUUGGCUCAACGCAUUGGUGUGACCUGAGCAUAAGUUAUUCAUUGACCAUUCUAACUGUGACUGACUAUAUAUACACAAUGUUAGUCUUUCAUCAUUCAGCUUGUACCCUUGUUACACUCAGGAAUUUCAAAAAGUGUCUGUUAAUUUAUACAAUCUCAAUGAAACCUUGGACUCUAUCAUGAAUAGAAACAAAUAAUUCUUUCUUGUAAAAUGUUGUCUUUCAAAGAGAUUUGGAAACCAGGAAACUAAGGUGUUUCCAUCAGGUGAUGUAUUGAAUAUGAAGGAAACUGGAUUUUUGAUUGCAAAGGAACAAUGCAAUAAUGCACUUCAUCAUUUUAUAGUCUAAAAUUGUCCAGAUAAUGCUGCAACAAAGCUAUCAUGCUAGUCUUGUUGUGCUUGAAAAGUUUAAUUACAAGAACAUAUCUAGAUUCAGAAAAUAUCUUUUGCUGUAUCUACAUGGAUUUACAUAUAUAUCAUUCUUAUAAAUAGUGUAUAGUUGUCUCUGAGGCCAUCUUUGUUGUUUUCUGGUACUGUGAAAUUUGAGCUAAAUGACGCCACCUUGAUCAUUUCAGGAAUUAUCUUGUGCUGUACAUGUAUUUAUGUCAUUCUGAUAAAGAACUCGCGCAAUACUAUUUUGUUUUCUUGUAAUUAUGAGUGGUACACAUGUUUUAUGUCAUUUUGAUAAACUCGCCCAAUACUAUUUUGUUUUCUGGUUGUUACGAUGGGUACAUGAUGAUACAUGUAUUUAUGUCAUUUUGAUAAAGAACCAAUCAAUUCUACCGGUAUUUUAUUUUCUGGUAGUUAAUAUAUUUCUAGAAAAUGGAAAUGUAGGAAAGAGAUGGGAAGUGAUUGCAAUUUGAUCUCUGUAUUUAAAGUCAUUUGUUUUUCAGUGGUCACGAGGCCUUAACUUAUAUUAUUUUCACUAUUGAGUAGUGUUAAAUGCUCAACAUGUUCAUGUUUAUAUUGGUGUAUAAUUGCCUUUCAAUGUUUUGUUCAGUGUAAUAUCCUCUUAUAUGUGCAAACUCAUCUUUAUGAAGAGAAAGAAUAAGAAACAAGGUACUUUGAAAUGCAUAUUAUCAAAUGUGCUAUUGUAAAAAUUAGCAGCUGUUUACCAUGGUGCCUGGCAUCAACUAAAGUGUUAUUUAUUUAUUUCAGGUGUUUGCCUAAAGAUAGCUUAUAGCAUAUUUCUUGUUUGAGAAUAAAGAUUUAAAAUUGUUAACUUUUA